UGAUGCCCUCCCUCCCUCUCUCUCUGCAGGAGCACGGAACGGUGACAGUGGACUGAGCUGGCGACGAAGAAGAAACCCAGCAGCAACUUUCUUCAGUUUUGGUGAUUUCACCUCCUAAAAAAUCCGAGAGAUGGGCUUGUGGAUGCUGCUGGAGGGUUUCCUGCUUCUCGCAAACUCGUUGGCGAUACUGAAUGAAGACCGCUUUCUUGGUCCCAGGGGAUGGAGCAUGUCUGAAGUUUCAGGAAAUGGGCAAACCAAGUCCUUGAAGGGCCAAAUCGUGGGGCUCAUCUACGCCACUCAGUUUCUGCGGGUGCCCUUGAUAGCGCUUAAUAUUCUUAUCAUUGUUGUGAAAAUGGUCUCAGGCUGAGGCUCUCCGUGGUGUCUCUGAGCUGUUGGGUUUGAGCUGAUCUCGGUUUCAGCAUCAUGUAAAAUCUGGCCAUGUCCAGAAGUUGCUGCAAGAAUGCUCAUGAUGGGCUGGAAUGUGGCUUGUUGGUUUUGUUGCUGUAAAUUAUUCCUCGAAUUAC